CCGGCGCCCCUGAGCUAGCUCGCUAGCGCCAUGGUGCGGAACUGGGAUGAUGAUGAGGACACCAGGGCUGAGCGCUACCGUCGCUCUCGGAGUCCCAGCUUUGGAGAGGACCGGAAGAAACAUCCUUGGUCGAGGGACACGACGAAGUCUGCAGGCGGAUCCAUUCGGGAGACUAUGAGUCGCGUGGUCAGCAAAUUGCAGGACAAGGCAACUUCAGAGGGUCCCAAGCCCCCGAUCUCUGAGCCGCCCAAUCUCCGGGCGCGGGUGGAGCAUGUGGUCCAACAGACUUUGGCGCGUGAGAGUUCCAAAGCUACCGGCGGCGCAAAGGCCAAUAAUGCCAAUAGCACCAGCGUGGCUGUGCCACAGUCCAAGGACGGAAGUGGCAGCAACCUGCGUCGGGUGUUGCACAAGAUCGUGGACGACACGAAGUUUACGAAGUCGGCUCCGCCGGCAUCUGAUCGACGUUCCAAGGGGCCCAAGGGCUCCAAGGGCUCGGUGUUUCGCCACUGGUGAGGUGAGCUCUUUGUUACUGAGCGGCAAAUUACUGUCAAUCCUGGC